AAGUCCUCAAAAUACAUUAAUCUAUCUGUGGAUUUAUUCAAAACAGGACUAUUCUGAUUUAGUUUUAGACUUUAUGGGGGUUUUAAGCCCCAGGUUGUAGAAUCUAGGUUUCUUGCAUACUCUAAGGUCUUAAAGCUUAUUGAAUCGUAGGUCUACAGUAAGAGAUGCUGUAGAAUUGGACUAAGGGGGAGUAUAUAGAUGUUGAAGAAAAGUGACACGAGGAUAGAGGCUUGAUGAACUCCACAUGUUAUCUUGGUUUGCACAGAUUUAUUACUGCCAAAUGUCUAAUAGAUUCCUAGUCUGCCAAGUAAGAUUUGAAGCAAUAUAGUACAGAACAAGAAAAUCCCACCUACUUCCAGUGUAUCAAUCAGUAUAUUACAGUAUGUUCUAACAAUAUAAUCCACUUUUUUGUUCACAAAUCAUAACUUAACAUUUCAACUCGAGCUUCACUUAAGAUGCUGGUAAAGUCAAGUGUUAAAUUCGUACAUCGUGUGAAGUGCCCAGCAGAAAAUGGCUGCAACUUAAAACACUUAGGAAGGGUCAUAAGAAAGGUUAAGAAAGAUUUUGUAUUGGAAUUAGAAUUCAGGUUUGUGUCCAGCAUUAGCUAGUUUGGCAAAAAUGCCAAUGCUAAAGUCUGACAUCAUAACAAGCCAAACUUUUCCAACCCGAGGCAGCCGUUGCCGCUGAACAGCACAUGUUGACUAUUGUUAUCAGGGAGGGGAUCUUCUACCCCUGACUGUGUGGACUAAUGCUUGCAUGAAACUGUAUCCUUAUUGAUCAGGUGUGUUUGGCUUUGAUGAGUCUGAGCUUGUAGAUUUUUAAUGUAUAUUUUUAUUGAAGAUGAUUCUGGAUCGAGAAAUUAUAAACCAUGCUCUUUAUUUUUGUUAAUCUUCAAAAGCUUUAUGUAGAGCCCUGUUCCUGCAGCAGCUCUGAAACAGAUCCAGGAACGAAGGUUUGACCCUUUCAGCUCCCUUUGCUGUCCUCUGCAGGGCCAUUCUUAUUGGCUAUAUUGUAGCUGGGAUACCUUGAUGAGGGGCAAAACAUGAACAAAUUUCCAAAGGGAGCUUUUAGGGAGCGACAUUGCUUGCUUCAUUUUCUCCAGGAAAUGCUGUCUCUGCAUGUUCUCCUUAUGCAUGCAUGGGUUAUUUCCUGGUACUUUGGCUUCCUUCCAAAGUCUAAAAGCAUGGCUGUUAGGUCAAUUGGUUACUCAAAAAUGGCCUUAGGUAUGAAUGCGUGCACGCAUAGUUGUUUGUCCUGUGUCUCUGUGUUGCAAUGUGGGGGACUAGCGACCUGUCCAUGCUGUACCCCGCCUCUUGCCCAGUGACCGCUGGAGAUAGACACCUUGCAGGGACAAGCAGGUAUAGACACUCGGUGGAUGGAUGGAAGUGGUGUCUCUGUAACUGAGGCACCUCUACAUUUUUUUAUGGGGGAGGCAGACGGUAACCACUGAUAAUCCUGGUGUGAUACAGCCCUCGAAAAUAAUAAAAUAAUAAAUCACUGAACUUCAGGAGUUUUAUUAGGUUGUUUUUAUAGGGACAAAUACACCUGUGUGGCACAUGAUAAAAAAACAAAAGUAUAUAAGAAUAAGUGACCUUUUGAACAGGAAAUCAAUUUGUAGGGGGUUGCAACAGUGCCCUAAGGCCAAACAACGGUACGUGUGUAAGAUUGUUUUAUGAUUAUUCAAUCGAGACAGGAGAGAAUGAGAUUCAACUAGUUGCAAAACAUAUUUGCACUUCCACAAGAUAUAUAGAUCUCCAUUCUGAUGAUCUGACUAGAUUUGUGAAUGAUUGCUUUCUCAUUUGAGCUUGAAAAAUCACAAUCCUUUAUUUCAAAAACUCUGUAUUCGAUCAGAUCAGGGACGAUACCUGUUAAGCAAUUUUAUAGGCUGAAGUUGGCUUGUUUGUAUUCUUUACUUCUAUUGAAGAAGGUUUGAUUAAGGAGCCUUUUCACCUUUAGUCAAAGUAAUAAAAUCAACCAAAAAGUCCAUCUCGAUGAAUUUGUUUGCUGGGUAUAUAGAGGCAAAACAACAUGUCCACAUAUAGAAGUGUGGGCCUUCUAUAUGUGGACAGUUGCAAAAUGUUGCUUCAGAUGUUAUGUUUAUGUUGCAAAAAGAUUAAACACAAAUCACUAGAGGGGAAAAUCUCUUCUGUACCUGGAUUUGCAGGUAUAGAUAGUCAUGCAAAAGAAUCAAAUGCAACAUGCAAAAAUGUUUGUUAUGAUCCAAAUUUUAUUAUAUUUGAAUAUGCAGGUUUGAGCUGUCCAUAUUUUUUGAGUUGUCUCAUUUUGCCUGUAUGAGCUUUUUCAUACCCCAUACCACUAAUUAAUAAUUUGUCUCGUUGGAAAGCUGCGGGCUGGUGAGAGCAGGUCUGGCAGUCAUCUGUCAUUUGCUCUUCCUGUGUGCCCCUUCAGUCUGUCUGACAUCUCUGAGCAAACGUGGCCCAAUACACAACCAGGAGCCAGGGCCCUUCUAGGCAGCCAGCGAGAGCACACUGCUUCUAAUGUUUGUGUGACAAAAAAGGCAAGGCAAAUCCUCGCAAUGGAAUCAGAUAAUCACCCGCCUGUGAAGAGCCUGCCCCAAUCCACAUCCACACCAGGUCGGGGUGGGCGCGGGGGCUGUAUUAACAGUCUGUUUGGCUAAUAAUUUUAAUCUGCUGGACUGCUUCAGGAAUUGGCCAGAAGAGGAUGGAAUAAACAUCUACUUCUUUGCUUUCUUUUGCUUAUGGCAGCUCUCUCCUUUUCGAGCCCCCACCCCACCCUUCAACCUCCACUCCCCACUCCUCUCUGUUGCACGUUCAUCAUACGCCUGCUUCUCCACUGACACCUCUGCUGGACAAAACUGCCGCCCCAGACAGAAGCGAGGGCCCACUGGGCAACGGACUCUUGCCAGACUGGCCCAGCCUGACAUCGUCCGGUGGAAUGUACACAUGGAGAGUGUGGGCCGUGUGUAGACAAGGGUGCUGCUGAGGAGAGGGCACUUCAGGUUCACAGGGUCAAGAGAUGUCUGUCUGGGGCAUAUGUAGAGCAGCAGGGAACACACAACUUGGAGGAGAAUGGGCUACUUCUGGAGAAAUUCAAGUUGGCAAGAUAAAAAAAGAGAGAUGACAUUAAUAUUCAUAAAUCCCAUGGAAUGUAGUCGGGCAAUUUCUAGCUGAAAAGUCCUGACAACAGCCAAAAUUAUUUUUUACUACUGUGGGGUGAGGCUCUAUAAUUUAAUAUAUAUAUAUAUAUAUUAUUAUUAUUGUUAUUGUUAUAUAUAAUAAUAAUAAUAAUAUUAAUAAUUAUUAUAUGUUCAAUAUUUUGCAGUUCUGUUGACUUCACCUGAAAUUAUCAGACAUAAUUACAAAGAAAACUAAACAUCUAUAAAUUAACAUCUAGGUAGUCAUUAGCAUCCUUUGUACUGAUACCCCUAAAUAAAAGCCAGUUCAGCAAAUUGACCUCAGGAGUUUAGUUACAUAGGCAGAUGACUAAAUAUCCAUGUGUAGUCAGACUGUUAAUACUUUUUCUGAGUAAAAUAUUACCAAUUUUAGCUGUAGGAGCUAUGGUGAUUGAAUUUAGCUGGAAAAGGCCCCAAAUCAAAUUUUUUUUCAGUGGCCCACUACUGCUAUGGAGUGCCUCUGCAAUAUUAUUAUUAUUUUUAUCUCAAAACUGGUGAUUUUGUUUCUAAGAAGCCUCUGAAAAGGCUAUACAGCAUUUAUCUGUGGCAUUCCAACUAAAUGCAUGAAAACACAUAAGUGAUUGUUUUGUUUCCAGGUAUAUGUCAGAUAUGGUCACAUGGAGGUUAAACUAAGAUCAGUAGUGAAGCUCUGGUGAAUACACGCCUCUACAAUGCAGAUGGCACUGUAGUCUACCUAAUGGUUGUUGUUUGAAGUAUGGCUUCAUAGAUAUCCUGUUUAAGAUGAGGCUGCAUUGUCGCACCUUUGUUCUGAUAAGGGGUCCCUGCCCCCCAUCGACAAAGUGCGAACGACUGGGAGGGCUGCAGCGAUAUAAGGGGCCGGAGAAGUGUCACGGACACGCUGUGCUUCCCUUAGUGACCUGUACUUCUGUGCUGCUGUCUAAAGUCUCUCAUGGAUUUCCUCCGCGCUUAUUGCGUCCUGUGCGCCGCUUUCCUUGUUCUCACUGGGGCUUUUAUGCAUGGGGAUAUGAAGGACGCGCUACUGCAAAAACUCGGCUUGAAUGAAGUUCCUAAAAUCCAAAAAAGGGAUCUAGAGAACCUGCUCGUUCCAGCGCACAUCAAGAACAAGUACUUGUCCAUGCUGAAGAUGCACCACAACCGGAGACGCAGAUCUUUGCCCAGUCUGAGAGGCAUCCUGAGGGGGGUUCCCGGCAAUGCAGAUAUCUUUGGAGAGUAUGUGUACUCCGACACCACCCGGCAUCGCAUGUUGUUUGACAUGGAGGCGAGGAUCCCGGAUCACAGCGAGGUGACCAUGGCGGAGCUGAAGCUUUACCAGCGGGCCUCGUUCCACAAACGGUACACUGUGGACAAAAUGAACCACCGGCCCGUCAGCAACGCCCGGGUCACCAUCUACUGGGUGGAGGUGGUGUCCAGCGGCACCAACAGGACGUCACUUGUGGAUUCACGGUUGAUCUCAAUUCAUGAGACCGGCUGGAAGAGCUUUGAUGUCACCCAGGCGGUGCACUAUUGGUCCAAGACGCAGCAGAAGACACCCAUGCACUUGGAGGUGUGGAUCGAGGGCGAGAGACCUGGCAGCUACGCGGCAGAGAUGGCCAAGAGUGUGCGCUUUACCACCCAGGCGGAUAACACCUUGGGGAAGCCUGAGCUCAUCCUCUACACACUCAACCUGGAAGAGUACGGCUCCAGUGGUGACUGUGUCACAAACCAGAGCAAAGACACCUGCUGCAGAGACAAGUACUUCAUCAACUUCCGUGCACUCACCUGGACAGAGUACUGGAUCAUCGAGCCGGCGGGUUACCAGGCCUUCAGGUGCACCGGAGGCUGCAAGCAGCCCAAACGCAACUACGGCUACGGAGAGCGGCGGUGUGCGGUGUCAGAAAGCUCCCCACUGCCCAUCAUGUACCUGGUUAAAAAGGGGGACUACACUGAGAUAGAGGUGGCCGAGUUCCCCAACAUGAUCGUAGAGCGGUGUGCAUGCAUGCUGGACAACAUCUCUGUGGUAUAAAAAGUUAUAGUUGAAGACUGUUGGGAAAUAUUACAGGGAAAUUAUUGUGUUUUUAACCGACUCGUCAAGUACUUUCUAUUUAAAUGGACAUUUAGUGGGAGAGCUUCAAGCAACUGGCAGUACGCCACCAACAAAUUCUAUCUCCCUCCACAAGCACUUUUAUAGAUUAUGUAAAUUUUGAUAUUUUUUUCUUUUAAAUAUGAAUUUGUAUGAGUUGUGUUAAAUCUAGUGCAAUCAUUCCGAUUCAGUGUGAUGCAUCCCUUUUUUUCAAGGCUGUACAUAUAAUAUGAAUGAGAAUAUGUUUGUAAAAUGAAAUAUUUGUUUUUCAUUACA